AUGUCUCAGACAAAACCCAUUGUCAUCGGGCUGUAUGGCGUCCCUGGAUCUGGGAAAUCGACCUUGUUGCAGAAUCUGAAAUGCAAACUGGCCGACAAACAGUUCGUCUUCUUUGACGGAUCUGCGGUGAUCGCCUCACUCGUCCCUGGAGGCCUUGCCGAGUUUCAGCGGGCCACUGAAGACGAGAAAACGCGAUGGCGCCAGGCUGCCAUUGAGGCAAUCGGCAGAGAAAGUGCGGGAAGUGGACGGGCUGCGGUUAUCGCCGGCCACUUUAUGUUUUGGCCGGAAGGAGACAAGGUCGGGCACACGGUCCACACACAGAGCGACUUGGAUACCUACACGCACAUCAUAUAUCUCAACACCCUCCCAGAGACCGUGGGAACAUGGCGCCUCAAGGACGACUCAAGGGCACGGCAGCCCGCCUCUGUUCAGCACCUGCGCACUUGGCAAGAGGCGGAGAAGAUGGAGUUGCGCCGUCUCUGCCGCAGCCACGGAAUCCUGUUUACAUCAGUGGCCUACCCAGCCGAGGACAUGGAUGCGGUUAUGGCCAUGCUGCAAGACUUUCGGCAGCAUACUGAAGAGCACAACCUCUCCUGUGCCAAGGAUCGCCUCGAUCAGCUCAUCGAUAGUCAGCGUCGGCAGCAUGCAGAAUUGCAGACCGCACUGGUUUUGGAUGCCGACAAGACUUUGGCGGCAAAUGACACUGGACUCUUGUUCUGGGGGGCUGCCGUCAAAUCCGCUUCACAUCAGGCCCACUCGACCGCGGACGACUGCUCUCUGAGCAGUUUGUUCAGCAGCCCGCUUGGGUACUCGUACACAGCCUUCCGCCAGGCAAUGCUUUUGUACGAGGAGCAGGCCCCCCAGGAUGAGUUCAACGCUAUUUGCGAGAGAGUCGCGUCGUCGGUUACAUUGUACCCAGGGAUGCUGUCUAUCCUGAGGUAUGUGAGGGAGCAUCACCACAUUGCGGCAGUGGUGGUGACAUGCGGACUGCGCCUCGUUUGGGAGAUGGUGCUGGCUAAGGCGGGACUGUCGGAGACUGUCCAGGUAGUCGGCGGUGGCCGAAUGUCGGAUGGAUUUGUCAUGACAGCCGAGGUUAAAGGAGCGUUGGUUGCCCGGAUGCGCGAUGUCCAUGGUUUGUAUACCUGGGUCAUUGGAGACAGCCCUCUGGACCUUCCAAUGAUGCAUGAAGCCCACCAGGCCCUCGUUGUGGUGGGAGACGUGAGUUAUCGGAGCAAGUCAAUGGAUAAGCUCCUAUUGAAUGCUAUCGACGAGCGUGGCCUCCGGGCCAGCCAGGUGCUGUUACCGAAAGAUGCGCCACCGCGGCUGGAUGCAACCAGGCUUCCGUCGGUGCAACUUGCAGAUGGGGAGUUCCGUGAAGCGCUGGUUCGCAAACGUGGCGCCAAGGACCGCCUCCGUCACGCGACGGACCAGAACGCAACCAAGCUCCUAAUGACACCAACCCGAGACGCGCGGGUGUUUGGGCCCGAUUUAAGGAAGGCCCAUAGGCGCGUCGGAUGGUACCUGGCAACGCUGUUUCUGGCGGAUAUUGUGGGCCUAGAACAGUACGAUAUCCCGCACGUGCAAAGCCGCAGUACAGAGGGGUAUCGGGUCCGGCACGAGAACAGGACGACGAUAGUAGCGCUGAUGCGUGGCGGCGAGCCCAUGGCCGUUGGAGUGAAUGACGCGCUCCCCGGCGCCAUGUUUCUCCACGCAAAGCAGCCGGACGAGUUAAGGCCUGGGCACAUCAAGGGGCAGUGUACAGUUGUGUUGGUGGAUUCGGUGGUGAACAGCGGGAAGUCAAUCGUGGACUUCGCUCAGCGAAUCCGCAGCUUCGAUGCGACCAUUUCCAUUGUUGUGGUUGCCGGGGUCAUCCAGACACAAUCCCUUGACGUUGCAGGGCUACUGGGCCGGGUUCUCGAAACUGAUAAAGCCUUGAGCGUGAUUGCAUUGCGCCUAUCGAACAAUCGGUUCCAAGGCAGAGGCGGCACCGAUACUGGCAAUCGGCUAUUCAACACGACUCACCUCGAUUAG